UGCGAAGCCUCAAUGACCGCCAAUGAUGGUCUGUAUUAGGAAGCGGUUCUUCAACUCAAAUCGGCUACUUUUGCUCCCUUUCGGCUUGUGGUUUGAUGAGGAAACGAUAGUCACUCGUUUUCAGGCUACAUUGUUUUCCAGUCUUUUGAUAAGCAGCAUUGUAUUUCAGCUCUCAAGACUUUUCAUUGCAGAAUGUAACUUUGACUUUAUUGUCAGAAUAUUGUCUUCCACGUCAAUCUAUGUCAUGUUCGCGAGUGUGCCUAUCGUAUUUUGGAUUCACAUGAAAACUAUCACAUAUUUAUUCGACCAACUGCAAUACAUCUACGACCGGCUAAAGGAUAGAAACGAAAUUGCUAUUUAUGACAAAUAUGGAUACUUUGCAAAACAUGUUACGACUGUAAUGAUAAUAAUUCUUGUAUGCGACCUAUGUGGUAGUUCUAUCAUUAUAUAUUGGCCAUUUAUUCUUAAUAUCAUUGUACCGAAAAAUGAGUCUUAUGCAAUUCGUAUGACUCAAUUUAUAUCCGUGUACUUCAAUGUCUCAGAGAAGUAUUGUGUUUUAGUUUUGGUACAUUUAGCUGCAGCCGCUAGUACAGGGUUAAUUGUAUUUAUAGGGACAGGAACCAUGUUGUUUUCGUAUUUGCAGCAUAUCUGCGGUAUGUUUGAAAUUGCUAGCUACCGUAUUGAACAAGCAAUGGCGAUUGAAUUGUUACAUAAUUUUCAUAUAAAAAAUAGAAAUGUGAUAUGCAGGAAGAUGAUAUGUGCUAUAGAUAUACAACGCCAAGCUAUGGAGUUCGCUAAACAUUUGAUAACUAGCAUGGAAGGAAUAGUUUUAUUUUUGAUAAUAAUUACUGUGCUUUGCAUGACUUGCAAUCUUUUACGAAUAUUUCAAAUAGAAUCACCUAUGGAAAGGAUGGACGAGAUUUUAUUACACCUUUGGGCUGUACUUUUCAUUCUGAUAAUCCUAUUCCUAUCCAAUUAUGUUGGGCAAGAAGUUACAGAUUAUAGUAAUCACGUAUAUGAAAUUACAUACAAUGUUUCAUGGUACUUAGCACCGUUAUACAUACAGAAAUUGAACCUAUUUCUAUUACAAAGGAGCCAUAACAUUUUCACCCUGAGUGCCGGUGGAUUAUUUACAGCAUCUUUAAAAUGUUUUGCUACAGUAAAGCUAUUUCAUUUAUUUAUACAUAUUGUUGAAGCAAGCAGGUUAUUGUAUUCAGCACACUGAAAAAAAAUCUGGUUUCAUUAAUUAGAACUCUAAUAGGAUCAACCAGUCUGUUGGAAAAUAGACGAAUCAGAAUUCCUUUAGGAAUUACCACAUUAUAGUACAGUCUAUCAAACUUUCUAGUUAAAAAAUAUCCAGUCUUAUCGUGAUAACUAGAACUUCUGCAUGAUUUAAUCAAAAUGUAUUCUAUGAUAUACGUCUUGUUGGUACAAUAAAACCAUUUGUCUCAAUGCAGGAUAGAAAAAGA